GACGUGAGGCGGCGUCGUUAACGCUCACUCACUGGCAGAUUACUGGAUUUGAUGAGCUACUUCCACAUGAAGCGCCCGGACGCACCGAUGGAGUAUUCUGUACGCUUUUUAAAGCACGGAUAUCUGCGAGGCUGCAGCGGCCGGUGUGCGAUGCGAACUGAGCCGUGGGUGGUGUAGACCCCCUCCCCGCACCCCACACACCCCCAAACGCGUUAUCCGCGAGCACCCACCAUCCCUCUCAACCGGGACGCACAGUCUUGUUUCACUCUACCUGGGGAACAUGUCCCGGGCAGCGGCUAUCGCGAGCUCCCUGAUCCGCCAGAAGCGGCAGGCGCGGGAGCGGGAGAAAGCGAAUGCCUGCCGCGGCAGCGGCAGCCCGAGCAACAGCAAAGGCACAAACGAGAAGCCCAGCAAGCUCAACGUGUUCUCGCGUGUCAAAUUGUUUGGAUCGAGGAAGAAACGGAAGAGAAGGCGACCACCAGAGCCCCAGUUAAAGGGCAUUGUGACCAGGCUUUCCAGUCGCCAGGGCUUCCAGCUGCAGAUGCAGCCUGAUGGCACCAUUGAUGGAACCAAGGAUGAAGACAGCACCUAUGCUGUGUUCAACCUGAUCCCGGUGGGGCUUCGCGUGGUGGCCAUCCAGGGCGUCCAGACCAAACUCUAUCUGGCAAUGAACAACGAAGGAUUUCUCUACACCUCUGAACAUUUUACCCCGGAGUGUAAGUUCAAGGAGUCUGUGUUUGAGAACUACUACGUCACCUACUCCUCCAUGCUGUACCGGCAGCAGGCCUCAGGGCGGGCCUGGUACCUCGGGCUCAACAAGGAGGGUGGAAUCAUGAAGGGGAACCACGUCAAGAAGAACAAGGCCGCCGCACACUUCAUACCGAAACCGCUCAAAGUGGCCAUGUAUAGGGAGCCCUCUCUCCAUGACCUGACAGAACUCUCACGGUCAGGCAGCGGCACACCGACAAAGAGUCGCAGCGCUUCGGCUCUACUUAACGGCGGAGGGAAGUCGCCCAGCAACAAUGACUUAUCCUAGCCCUACACCCCUCACACACACACACACACACUCACACACACACACACACAUACACACACACACACACACAAACACAAACACAAACACACACUCACAGAUCUCAGGCCGACAUGCCCACACAUCAGGCUGGUGAGGGAUAGGAGGAGGAGAAAACGAAGGAGGACAGGAAUGUGUUCUUCCACUUAACGGAGCCCACUGUGACUGACUGUGAUGUAAAUAAAUCAAGGACAAUCAAUCCGUCUGGCUCUGCUGCUCUGGUCUGCAGAGGGACAGGACCUUUGAAUCUCUCCCCUUGACUACUCUUCCUGCUGUAUCAUAACCAGACAGAACAAGCGAGGGAGAAGGAGUAAGAACCGAUGGACAGAGAGAGUCAGUCAGUCACAUAGUCAGAUUAACAGACUGUUAAAGAGAACCAAAGAGUCCAAGUAUUAACUAAGUUAUUGCAGUUAAAGGAAAGUCAGAGGAAGUUAGAGUGUGACAAAGGAAGGAAGGAAGGAAGGAAGUCUUUAUCUAUUCUACCGUAUGCUAUGUUUACACAGAGCUCAUGGGGUUAAGUCAUAUUUUUAAAAAUGACGAACGUAUUCCUUGUACACU